UCGACUCUGAGUCUUUUACUGCACACUAAUUUCAGAUGUAUUGUAAAGAGGGGAGAGGAGAUUUUAAUCACCCCUGUCGCUUUAAGGACACUUAUCAAAGCUUUGCAUUAUGCGAAAGGGAAAAAUACGAUGAGCCACGAGCCAACUGAGCAACCAAGAACGGUAUUCUGGAGUGGAUGUAUAACUUACACAGGCCUGGAAUAGCCGAUGCCGUUACCUUAUGGGGUUUGAUCACAGUGGAUGGUCGAAUGCUGAAGCAGCUAAACGAGGAUCAUUUUUGAAAAUAUUGCGCAUAGCCUAAGUAGCGAGAGACUUGGAUAUCCCAGCACACAUACAGUAGCUUUUAUCGCGCAAGGUUUAGCCUACGGUGGAACUUGUCAGAGGAAUAUGUUUUAUCGUUGAAACUCGCUAUUAGCCCACAGAGAGGAUUAUCAACUUGUAUAUUAUCUCAUCCAUAAUCGAUAAGUACCUAAUACGCAUUUGACGGAUAUUAUCCAGACUGCUUUUUGACAGCGGAUCAUGGAUUGGGUGGUGGAAAACAACGGCCAGCGACAUGAUUUCUCUUCGCUGUCUGUGGUAUGCAGCUAUUAACAUUGUGUUGUUCUAAUGCAACAAAGUUGCAAACUGGAAUGCUUAAAUUGUAACUAUUUCGCGGUUUUGCACCUGCUUAUGUGAAUAACGCGUCGACCUUAGCCAGUAGGCUACCGGAUCGGUUCAAAUACGUGAGGAUAUGCAUCGCUUCUUCGCCUGCAUGUAAUAUUUGAACAUUUGUUUAUUGUAUUCCGGAGGUUUAUAUUCAAGGUCAUUCCGUGAAUCUGAUUACAUAGAUGCAUUAUUUAUACAUACGUAUCUACUCGUGAAAACACUAAGCAUAGUCUCUUAUUUCGGUUGGCCACACAGGGAAUCCGCUUUACGUUAGGUGAUCUGGAGUGAUUUUGUCAUUGCAACAUUUCUAAAAUGGAUGGAAAAUUGAAGCAGAGCCGGAGAUCCCGUUCCAAACGUGAGAGGGUACGGAGACGGGAGGCGGUGGGCAGGGAUGCCCGCAGUCCGAACCUUUCGUCUUGUUCAGAUAGGGAGCAAAGUCCUGGGAGGGAUCUCGCCUCCCAUAAUGGUAAAAAGGCUUUACACUCGACACCCUCGGCCAGAACCUCGCGCCCCCCUCGUCGAAAGAGACGAGAAUCCAGUUCUCAAGAAGAGGAUAUCAUUGAUGGAUUUGCCAUUACCAGUUUCGUCAGCCUGGACUGUUUGGAGAAGACGAAGGGUCUGAUGUCUAAAGAGCGUAAAGAGAAGAAGAAGAAAGAGAGGACAGAGGAGAAGCAACAGCAAGUGACGGUGGUAAAGAGACAGAAGGAGGAGAACGAGGAGGAGGAGGAGAACGUCAUGCCCAUGACCCUGGACGCCCUGGAGAAUGGCUUCAUCAACCACGCCCAGAGGGAGCAGGAGAGGAUGAACGAUCGGCUGCUGAAGAAAACAUACUCCAAGAAAAAAAAACAGAUCAAAGCUCUGCAGGUUCGUCCGGUGAGGCUGGAUGAGGAUGGGGCCAUGCAGGAGAUCAACAGGCCCAACCGAAGCACGUCUAAAGAGCCCCUGAGUGAGAGCUCCACUCUCUCGCUGUCAGGCCGGGGCUACUCGUUCACUUCUUUAAAAAGAGACAAGCACCAGUUUGGGAGCCAUGAGUGUGACAGUGAGAGUGACGUUGAUGACAAGGUAUCUGAUGUAGGAUCCGAAAAACUCUUCUCCCCCACUGCACCCAAAGGUGUGUCGACGAAUGAGAAUCCAGAGUCCAAGACUGUCAGCUCGGCUAAAGUCUCUGGGCUCCAGCGAAGCCAGGAGCAGAGUAACGAGGUGUCCUUUGCCCCGGCCGUGUCCAGCCCCACGCCGGCCUCACCGCCUUCGGGCUCCCCUGCCCCUGCUGCCACACAGGCAGCACCCCCGCAGCCCCUCCCCAGGGCGCGGCUUGCCUCCCCACCCCCCCUCCUCAUCAAGAGAGAGCAGGACCGGGUGCCGCCCAUCCCCACCCCUCCUCUACUGAGGGCCCAGCCGCACCCCCUCCAGGAGCACCGGGUCCCCGUCUCCCUCCCACUUCCCCAGCACCAACACCACUCCAGGCCACUCAUCAACCACCAGGCGCACCAGCACCACCCACUCCAGUACAGCAGCCUGCACAGUGUCAGCGGCUCCAGUGCAGGGCUCCCCAAACACCACCACCUGCCCCCAUCCCCCCACCACCUGAACAGCCUCCCCUCCUCCGCCCCAGCCCUGCCCCUGUCCAUAGCCAACCUCUCUACCUCGCACUAUUCCUCCCUGCGAAGUCCGGCCCAUCGCCAUCCGGCCAUGUUCGCAACCCCCGCCACACUGCCGCCACCUCCGACCUUACCCACCAACAGCCUUGUGGUCCCUGGGCACCCCGCUGGCACCCCCUACCCAGAGCAUGACCUCCUGCGGCAGGAGCUGAACAACCGCUUCCUGGUUCAGAGUUCAGAGGGGCGGAGUCGGGGGCCGUCCUCCACGGGGUCCCCGCUGGCCCCUGUGUCACUGUUGAGGGGAGAGUUUCAUCAACACCAGCACAUGCAUCAGCACCAACACACCCACCAGCACACCUUUACUCCCUUCCCGCCCAGUCUGCCCCCGGCCGCCAUCAUUACUCCGCCCACUGCACCCCCCAUGGUGCGUACCCCGGCCAGAAAUUUCGACAAAUACGCUCCAAAAUUGGACAAUCCAUUUAUUAGACAUUCAAAUUUCUUCCCAUCCUACCCCCCCACAAUGCCUGGCAUGCCCCCCCUGCUGCCUCACUCAGGACCCUUCAGCUCACUGCAAGGAGCCUUCCAGCCCAAGUCCUCCAACCCCAUAGACGUGGCGUCGCGUCCGGGGGCAGUACCUCACACGCUCCUCCAGAAGGAUCCACGGGUAUCAGAUCCUUUCAGGACGUCAGUCAGAAAACCUGGAAAGUGGUGUGCGGUGCAUGUCCAGAUCGCCUGGCAGAUCUACCAUCACCAGCAGAAGAUGAAGCAGAUGCAGCUGGACCCUCACAAACUGGACAUGAAUGGGAAGCUGGACCUGUUCAGUCGCCCCCCUGCCCCAGGGGUGUUUCCUGGGUUCCCUUACACACACGACCUGGCCCGACCCAUGUUCUCCUCCACAGGUUCUGGCCAUCCCGCGGCCUCGCCAUAUGGUCCCUCCCCCCACCACAGUGGCUUCCUGCCUCCAAGCCACUUGGCAGGUAAGUAUCCUUUCAGUCGCUCCAGUACCUUUGGCGGCCUCGGCAACCUUUCAACCAGUGCCUUCGGAGGAUUAGGCAACCCCUCGCUUGGCUCCAACAGUGUCUUUGGCCAUAAAGAGGGCCCUGGGGGCCUGCCUGGAUUCGGCAGCCCUCACCACGACACCUGGAACAGGCUCCACCGAACCCCACCCUCCUUCCCCACCCCACCGCAGUGGCCAAAGUCGGCAGACACGGAGCGCAGCAACUCAGUCAACAGCCACGAGCGAGAGAGAGAACGAGAGCGAGAGCGGGAACGGGAGAGGGAGAGAGAGAGAGAAAGAGAGCGAGAGAGAGAGAAAAGGGAUUCGUCCAUUGGCAAAGAGGAGAAGGAUAAAGACAGGUAUGUCAGAGAUUCGAUUGAACGGAACCGCCACUCGAACCGUUCAUCUCCAGCGUCGGCCCCAACCAGCUACCAGAUCAGCAGCCUGAUUCGCUCAAACAGCCAGAACUCCAGCGACUCGGGUCGUCAUCACAGCAGCAGCGUGGACCGGGUCCGGGAGGCCGAGAAGGAGCUCCUGGAGCGCCACAGGGAGGCCGCCGUGCUCGGGGACGUCAAAGUGAAGGAGAGCCGCUCUCCUGGAGGAGGGAAGGAGUUGACAGACAGACGCUCCUCAGAGGACUCCAUCAAGCCAGCCCAUCGCACGCCCUCCCCCUACUCUAAGGCGGUGCUGUCGGACACAGGCAUUAAGAUGGCUGGUGGCCCCCCGCCCACGCUACUCAGGGACGGCGACAGGGACCGGAAGGAGGGUCCACCUUCCUCCGGGGGGGACCUGCUGCUGCACAAGGUGAAAAACGACAUGAAGAUCAAGGAGGAGCACAAGGAGGACCAGGAGGUGAUGGUGGUGAGCUCUGAGCCCGCCCCUCAGCCUGCUCCUCCUCCGCAGCCUCUACCUCCUCCACCCCCCCAGCCUGGCCACCACCACCACCACCCUCCACUGUCACAGCAGCCCCCACCGCCCUCCCCGCGCUGCAGUGACAUGCCCACCCACGGCUCCCUGCACGGGGUCCACAUGGCCCACUCCCUGCCCCUGUCCAUGAGCGCCAUGCACCAGAUGGGCAGCCUGAACGUGCUGGACCGGGCCCGCAUGGCGCCCUUCAUGGGGGUGAGCCCCCUGGCCGCUGCCGCUGCCGGACGAGACCGGAUGUCUCACCAAGCCUUCCCCUGGGACCCGCUGAGGGAGGCCUACCGCAGCCUGGACCUGCAGCGCAGGAUGGACUUCCAGCUGAGGGCCGAACAGGCCCAGCGCUUCCCCGGCAUGUACGAGCAGGAGCGGGCCUACCGGGAGAGAGAGGCCCACGACUACUCCCACCACGAACACAUGCUGGAGGUGCGGAGGGAACACGAGCGGAUGAGGCAACAGGCCGAGGAGAGGGAGCGCCAACAUCUGAGGGAGGAGCUUGACCGGGCGCGCCUCCACCAGCUACACCAAUCACCCAUGGAGGGCCACCUGCCACACAUGCCCCCCUUCAUGCCCCACCUGGGAGGAAUGCCCUACCCCAGACUCAGCCCGUCCACUGGGCACAACGGCCUGCUCAACCGGACACCCCCCACUGCUGCACUUAGCGCCCCCCCUCCCCUAGUGCCAGCGGGCAACGCCAGACCAGCCUCCCCCAGAAGGACUACCCCCCUCACCACCCAGGAUCCCCGGGAUUACUCACCCUCCCGCAACCCUAAGGAAGUGGAGGCACGGUAGCUUCCCUUCACAGACAAAGGGCAUGGAUGCUUAUAAAGACCCACUCACCAGUUUGGAACCUUGUAGAGUGAACAAAAUGCACUGCUUUUCAAUGAAGAAAGGCAUAGAAACAGUAGGUUAAUUAAAGAUCUGUAAGGCUGAAGAAGCACAUGCCAUGCUUUUAUUUUAUAUGGACAGGCUAAAGAGAAUGUUGGGAAGAAGAACAUGAUUCUAAAAGCGUGUAUAUUAAUUUCCAACUGAAUAUUUGAUAUUAAUAUAUUAAUCCAAUCCCUUUUGAUGAUUUCGCGCGAGAUGUUUGAUUCUGAUUUCAAUGGGUUUGUACAUUUCCUAUCCUUGUUCCAUGUAUAGACAUCAUUUUUAUGAAUUUGUAUUUGGUGCGUUAGCCGCUUCUUUUCCAUAUUUAUCCCAGUCCAUCGUGAGACGUAUGAAUGAUUAUGCACCACAGUACAGACUUCAGUUUUUACCCUUACCAUAGUAAUUUAACCUCACGGUACCUGGAAAUGCUCAUUACUGAUUUUGUACAAAGUUACAUUAAAGAAUUUGUUGCGUUUUAUUUGUUUUGCCUUUGAGAUAUGCAGACAAAUAUAUAUUAUGAGGUCUUUGUUCGGUCUCUGUAAAGAAAAGUCAUGUAAAUAUCUUGUUGAUAUUCCUUGCAGCAAAAUUACAGUGUACAUUUAUUAGCCUUUUUAAAUGUUUCUAGAAAAACAAAUGAAAUCAAAACAGAACCACUUCCAGAUUGGAAACCAUGGUAAUAGACGAGCCCGUCCAAUGGGAGGAAGAAGGGCGGGCUUCAGAAGUGGGGCUGGAAUGAUCAUCUGCAAUCUAUGCAAAGAGGCACUGAGCACCCCGAUGGAAAGUAACCUGGAAUGGAAUGAACUAAUGGAUAAUGUUGCUUCAAUGAGAGAAACUCUGAUUAACUCAACGUGUUUUUCUUUCCAAUGAUGGGAAAUUACAAAACUAUAGACCUCCCGGUUACAGAUAAACUAUGCCAGAAGCUUACAUACAGCCCCAGUGAAAUGAAUGGACAGAAAAGGAAGACACUUUUGAUUGGGCGGCACUAGGACUUUCUCUGUCGACAGUUGUGGUGUUGUGCAGUUGUUUUUCUUAGACUCUUGUAUACAAAGCAAGUACUGUAGAGUUUUAGGCGUGCAAAAAAAUGAAAAAGAACAUUCAUGGUUUAAAAUUGUACGGAAUAAAGUUUGGACCUAA